AUGAGUCUCGUUGCAUAUGAAAGUAGCGAUGAAAGUUCGGACGAUGAAGGAAAUGAUACAGAAAUUAAAAAUAAAUUUACACCAGAAGUUACAGUUCUACAAAUAAGUGACAAAUUACUUAUUUCAAAACAUAAUAUAUCCGUAGAUAAUGAAAAUGAUAUUAAUAUAGAACCACUUAAGGCAAACGGAUCAUCGGAAAAAUUACAUUUUGAUAAAUUACCUAAACCCAAAAGUUUGAUUAGUGAAACCAAGAAUAUUGUAGAAGAUGAUAUUCUUCCAAAAAAGAAAACUGAAUUUAAAUUUGAGAAACCAGUAAAAAAAGACAGAAUCCCAGUUAAAAUAACAGUGCCUUCUUUAUCUGAAAAGGGUACUAAACUUUUAGUAUUGUUGCCACCACCUAAAAGAACCGAAGUCAAAAAUACCAAUAAUUUGGUACCUAGUGUUGUUAAUAAAGCUGCUAAACAGUCUAAUCAAAUCAUAGUUCAACCUAAUAAAGAUACACAUAUAAAAGAUUCAAAUACAAGAAAAUCUAUGAAACCUAUAACAACAAGAAGUUCCAUAAGUUGUGAUUCAAAUUCUGAAGAUGAAGAUGACAUGAUUAUAGGCAGCGAUAGUAAUUCUAUUGCGGAUUUCUUUGCUUUAACAACAACUGAUGCUUCCACUUUGUCCGAUUCCUUGAAUGUUACAGAUUUAAAUAACUUUGAUUCAGAAUUUAAGAAAAAUUCCCAAAAAGAUAACACCUUAUCUAAUUACUUUGUUGAUAAUUCAGAUAUAACUGAAACAGAGAUCAGUACCAGUAAAUCUCAGACGACAUUAGUGAGUAAUGUCAUAAAUUUACCAAAAGAGGAAAUAUUAUUGAAAAAUAAAGCAGAAGUAGGUCCAAAAUUACCAGUGCCUGAACAGGAAUAUAAUGUAGAUUCAGAAGGUAAUGUAGCUUUUGAUGAUAAGGCUAUUGAAUAUCUUUGUGGAAAGAGAGGAGUGAAGCGAAAACCUAAAGAAAUUGAAGAAAUGAAUAUCAUAGAAAUAAAUGGAGAAGAUAUUAAACCAGAUGAAAGAGAAUGGUUAGUAAAAGCAUUAACAGAAGAACCUGUACAGAGACCAAUAUCAAUGCAAGGUGGUGGAGUAAGUUCACAAUCUAAAAAGAAACACCAAAUAACAUAUUUAGCACAUCAAGCUAAGGCAAUGGAAAUGGAAUUAAAGAAUCAGUGGGCACAAAAUAGAUUAACUAGAAAACAAACACAAUCGAAAUAUGGUUUUUAAAUAAAGACUUGUACAAAAGUGUAUAUAGAGUAUUUUUUUUUUAUUAUUAUAUAAAAGUAAGAAAAUAAAUUAUGGUAUUAGUUAAAAAUCAAGAUAUUAAUUAAUACUGUUAUAUGUUUAUUUUGUUUUUUCUAAAAAUGUAUUCUCCAAACUUUCAUAUUCCUUCUUUUUAACUUCAAGUAAAGCUUUAGCUUGUAAUAAAUUUGGUGGUAAAUCUUUAUAUUGAUUAAGAUAUUGAUUAAGUUCUGCUAAUUCACCUGACAUUUCUAAAUAUUUAUAGUAUUUAUUUAAUAUUUUUUGGGGAUAAAAAUCUUCAAUUUGCAUAUCUAUUAAGUCGGUUUCUAACUUUUCUGCAGUUUGCUGAUAUUCACUUAAUUUUGUAAAUAAUGAAAUGUGAUUACAGUGAAUAUCUGCUUGCUCUUUUUGAGAUUUCUCAAUAAAGUUUUCAAGAGAACUUAAUUCCUCUUGCAAACAAUAAAGUUUUUUUGAAAAAUUAGUAUAUUUUCUAGAAAGAUCAUUAUAUAAUAAUGCUAAUUGUUUUUCUUCAUGUUGUUUUUUCGUUUCCUCUAUUUUCUUCCUUUCAUUUACUAUAUUCAGAGUAACAAUAUCAAAAUCAUAUAACUUUUCACAUCGUAAAAGUAAAGCUACUUUUUGUAAUCCUUCUUUGAUGUCACUGGGUAAAGAUUGUGGUUCCAAGUUUAAUUUAUUUAAUAAUGAUAAUAUUUCCUUUCCAAAGGCUAUAUUUUCUUCGCUUGUUUCUAACAUUCCUUUUUGCAAAAAUUGUAAUAAUGAUUGUUCUUCUGAUGAAAUAAUUUCUUCGCGAUAUCUUCCACUUGAUGCAGUACUUGAAGUGCAGUCAUUUUGCGAGAAUUCCAUCUAUUAUUCAAAAGUUACUCAUAAUUACUAUAUGAUGCAGUAAUAGUUAUAUUUUUUAAAUUUUCAUAUUGUAUAACUUUACCUCAUUAUUACAUUCCAUGUUAAAUUUUUACACUAGUGUUUAUUUGAUUAAGAAACUUUUAUAAUAAAUUUAAGACAAUAGCGUUUUAAAUGCAAAAUAAAUCGAAUCAAUAAAGAUAUUGUAUGGGUACAACUGGUUAAAUGGUACUCUGCUUAUUGGUUGACAAUUGUUAGUAAAUUAUUUUUAUAGAUGACUAA